UAUUGCUUGCAGAACCACAGAUAAGAGCAUUGAAACGGUCCCCUCCCUCCAAUUGUCCCAACACACAUACACACACAUAUCUCAUCUUGUUGUUUCUGAGCUGCUCCAAGAAGCAGAGCUCUGUCCAUGGAGGAGGAGCAGAGCCCGAGGCUCGCCGCCGGCGAGCCGGAGCGCAAGCUCGAGGACGGAGUCACCGACGCCGAGGACCCCGGGUGCACGGGCAAUGCGGCCAUGAGCUCGCUGGAGCAGCCGCUUCUGAAGCGGAGCAACACGCUAACGGCCAGCCACCUCGCCAUGGUUGGCGCCAAGGUCUCCCACAUCGAGAGCCUCGACUACGAAAUUAUCGAGAAUGAUCUGUUCAAGCACGACUGGAGGAGGCGAUCGAACGUGGAGGUGCUGCAGUACAUCUUCCUCAAGUGGGCCAUGGCGUUCCUCGUCGGCCUCCUCACCGGCGUCAUCGCGUCGCUCAUCAACCUCGCCAUCGAGAACAUCUCCGGCCUCAAGAUGCUCCACAUGGUGCAGCUCGUCCGCAAGAAAAGAUACUGGGCCGGUUUCUUGUAUUUCGCCGGCGUCAACUUCGGCCUGACGUUCAUCGCCGCCAUGCUCUGCGUCGUCUUCGCCCCGACCGCCGCCGGCCCCGGCAUCCCGGAGAUCAAGGCCUACCUCAACGGCGUCGACACGCCCAACAUGUUCGGCGCGCCGCAGCUCAUUGUCAAGAUCAUCGGUAGCAUCUGCGCGGUGUCGUCGGGGCUGGAUCUCGGGAAGGAAGGGCCACUGGUGCACAUCGGCGCGUGCCUGGCGAACUUGCUGAGCCAGGGCGGCUCCGGCCGGCACCGCCUCCGGUUGCGGUGGCUGCGCUACUUCGACAACGACCGCGACCGGCGCGACCUGAUCACCUGCGGCGCGUCGUCGGGCGUGUGCGCGGCGUUCCGGGCGCCCGUCGGCGGCGUGCUGUUCGCGCUGGAGGAGGUGGCGACGUGGUGGCGGAGCGCGCUGCUGUGGCGCACCUUCUUCAGCACGGCCACCGUCGUCGUCGUCCUCCGCGGGUUCAUCGAGGUGUGCAGGAACGGGCGGUGCGGUCUGUUCGGCGAGGGCGGGCUCAUCCUGUUCGACGUCGGCGACGUCGCCGUCCGGUACCACGCCGGCGACCUCCUCCCGGUGACCAUCGUCGGCGUGCUUGGCGGCGUCCUCGGCGCGCUGUACAACCACGUCCUCCACAAGGUGCUCCGCGUGUACAACCUCAUCAACGAGAAGGGCCGCGCCGCGAAGCUCGCCCUGGCGCUCGCCGUGUGCGCGCUCACGUCGGCGCUGCUGUACGUGACGCCGUUCGCCGUGCCGUGCACGCCGUGCGACCCGGCGUUCGGCGGCGCGUGCCCGACGCUGGGGAAGAGCGGCAACUUCAAGCGGUUCAACUGCCCCGAGGGCCACUACAACGACCUCGCCACCCUCCUCCACGCCACCAACGUCGACGCGACGCGGAACAUCUUCUCCACGGGCACCGCCGGCGAGUUCAGGCUCGACUCGCUGCUCAUCUUCUUCGCCGUCUACUGCGUCCUGGGCCUCUUCACCUUCGGCAUCGCCGUCCCCUCGGGGCUCUUCCUCCCCAUCAUCCUCAUGGGCUCCGCCUACGGCCGCGUCACGGCGCUCGUGCUGUCGCGGUUCGCCCGCAUCGACCACGGCCUAUACGCCGUGCUCGGCGCGGCGGCGCUCAUGUCGGGGUCCAUGCGGAUGACCGUGUCGCUCGUCGUCAUCUUCCUCGAGCUCACCAACAACCUCCUCCUCCUCCCAAUCACCAUGUUCGUCCUCCUCAUCGCCAAGACCGUCGGCGACGCGUUCAACCCCAGCAUCUACGAGAUCAUCCUCGACCUCAAGGGCCUCCCGUUCCUGGAGGCGAAGCCGGAGCCGUGGAUGAAGGACCUCACCGUCGGCGAGCUCGCCGCCGCCAAGCCCCGCGCCGUGGCGCUCCAGGUGGUGGAGCGCGUGUCCACGGUGGUGGAGGCGCUCCGGGCGACGCGGCACAACGGGUUCCCGGUGCUGGACCGGCCGCGGCCCGGGGUAUCGGAGCUGCACGGGCUGGUGCUCCGGUCGCACCUCGUCGCCGCGCUGAGGAAGCGGUGGUUCCUGCCGGAGAGGAGGAGGACGGAGGAGUGGGAGGCCCGCGAGAUGUUCAGCUCGGCGGAGCUCGCGGACAAGUGCGGCGGCGUGGACGAGCUGGAGAUCUCGCCGGAGGAGAUGGGGAUGUACGUGGACCUCCACCCGCUGACGAACACGACGCCGUACACCGUGGUGGAGACCAUGUCGGUGGCGAAGGCCGUCGUGCUGUUCCGCUCCGUCGCGCUCCGCCACAUGCUCAUCAUGCCCAAGUUCCAAGGACCCGAGAUAUCUCCAAUUGUGGGGAUCUUGACAAGGCAGGACCUGAUAGCACACAACAUCCUCGGUGCAUUUCCACACCUUGCAAGCAAGAGGAAAACACAUUGAGAGGAACCAUUUUUGAGAGUUAAUCCAUCUUUAUUGUCUUGAAGCCAAAUAUCAGAGUCACCUGCAUAUACAGCUUUUAUGAGGCUUUGAGUUUUUUUUCUUUUUUUUUUCAGUUAUCCUCUUCUCUGUAAGUAGAUUCAGGAUUAUUAUUUGCUGCUCUUCUGAGAGUGCUUGAAUAAUUGCUGCCAAUGUAAAAUCACACAUGUAACUAUGCCAGAUGUAAUCAAAAGGGACACAACCAUGAUGCAAUAGAGCAAUUCUUUUUUAAAGAGAUAUUUCAAA